CUAAGACCAAAGCCAGUUAUUAAUGGGUUGAUAGCUGUACAAGAUACAAGAGCCCAUCAGUUCACGAAAUCUGUACUCUUCCUUGUUUCUAUCACCUCUGCUCUGCCCUGCCCUGAGAAUAUUUUUGUUUUUUUUUUCUCUCUGUAGCCAUCACAGAAAAUAAUGGCCCUGCAACUAUGGGAGACUCUGAAGGAAUCAAUCACAGUGUACACCGGACUCUCUCCGGCGACAUUCUUUACUUUCCUUGCUUUGGCGCUUGCCAUCUACUAUGUCAUCUCAGGGCUGUUUGGACGGUCUGAUAAUCACCAUCAGAGUUCUAGGGCUUCCGAAGAACAGAUGGAGCCUCUGCCUCCUCCAGUUCAGCUUGGAGAGAUCACUGAAGAGGAGUUGAAGGCCUAUGAUGGCAAGGAUUCCAAGAAGCCUUUGCUUAUGGCGAUCAAGGGUCAAAUCUAUGAUGUAUCACAGAGCAGGAUGUUUUAUGGGCCUGGAGGGCCUUAUGCUCUGUUUGCCGGGAAGGAUGCUAGCAGAGCUCUUGCUAAGAUGUCCUUUGAAGAAAAAGACCUUACGGGUGAUACCUCUGGUCUUGGUCCGUUCGAACUCGAGGCCUUGCAAGAUUGGGAAUACAAGUUUAUGAGCAAGUAUGUUAAAGUUGGAACUAUUAAGAAGAUGGUGCCAGUAACAGAUGGGUCAUCCACUGAAGAACCUACCGAAGCUACCAACCAAGAUGUUGCUAAGCCUACAGAAGAUGUUGCAUCAGAGACCGCAGACGUUGGAACUACAGAAGCUACAUCUGGUGGCAAUGCCGAGAAAGAGUAAUCAGUAAUGUUCAUUCAACCACAAUAGGAUACUAUGGGGACUUAUUAUGGAGAAGCCGAGGAAGAGUGAUAAUCGGGUGCCUGCUUUUCAUACUUGUUUCACAUUCAAGUUUAUUAACUUUAUACUACCCUAGUCACAACAAACUUGCUUGAAUUUUAGUUGGUUGAAGUAAUAAAUAAUGACUCAAUGAUGUUAAACUUUUGGGGUUUGACCUGCAGUUUCACUGUAUUAUGUAAGGACAUAAGGGUUACCUUUUGAAGUAAAAUUAUAUAUUUGGGAUA